AAACAGCCAUCUGGAUAGUGGUUCUGAUAUCUCGAGUGACUGUCGUCAUUUGCCCGUCUUUGUUAUCCGCUUGCGGGGAUUUCCUUUUUGGUCGAACUCGGCCUCGGUUGGCCCCGGCUAGCUUCGGUGCUCGUUGACUGGCCGAACUAUAUACUUCAGCUUCUUAUUAUUAUUCCACCUCUUAGCACCACACACUAUUGCACUAGGAUUCGACAGCCAUGUUGGCCCAAAUUGGCUGGCAGGCUAUCUCCAUAACCCGCAUAGGGUGGGGGUUGCUUGCCUUGCUCGUGGGAUUGUCUUCUGUCUAUGCCAUUCACAAUCGUUUCUUCCACCCUCUCCGCCGCAUCCCAGGUCCCUUGCUCGCCUCCCUCACUCCCUGGGUCCAGCUCUACCAUGGCCUUCAAGGAGACCGGCACCUGUGGCUCUGCGCUCUUCACGAACAAUAUGGCUCUCAUGUCCGCGUGGCACCUAACUUUGUCUCAGUAAAUACUGCUCAAGGCCUCCAUGACAUCUACGGACACGGCAAGCGGCUCAAGAAGGCCGAUUUUUACAAUGCCUUCCCCGCUAUCAAAGGCGUGUACAACACACACAACGUCAUUGACAAGGUCAUGCACGGCCGGAAAAGACGAGUCCUGAGCCAGGCCUUUUCGGAUCAUGCACUCAAGAGCAUGGAAGACGUGAUGCUGCUGCACGUGCGGCAACUGUGUGCAGGCUUAACGCGUGCCCAGCAGACAGGCGUGGUGCAGGACAUGGGCCGCUGGUUCAGUUACCUCACAUAUGACGUGAUGGGCGAGCUGUGCUUCGGAAAGAGCUUCGACAUGUUGAUCGAGAGUAGUCGGAGACGGCUGAUCGAGCUCGUCGACCGGGCUGCAAACCGGCACUAUGUGUGCGGUCUCUGGAUGCCCCUAGAUCGAUGGCACCUUGACCAACUCUUCAUCCACCGACUCACCAAUGACCGCUGGAACUUCAUCAUGAACUCGCGCGUGGAAGCAACCAAGCGCGCCCAGGAACGCACCAAUGCCGGCCACGACGCCAAAAGAGACUUCUUCUACUACCUGCUGAACGCCCGGGAUCCCGAGACGGGCCAGGGCCUGACGACCCCUGAGCUCUGGGGCGAGGCCAACGUGCUGAUGAUCGCGGGCAGUGACACGACGUCGACGACGCUAGCCGCGACGAUCUUCUACCUGGUGCGCAACCCACAUGCGAUGGCGCAGCUGCAGAAAGAGGUCCGGGAGAGCUUCUCCUCGGUCGAAGAGAUCGUAACGGGCAGCAAGCUGAACGAGCUGGUGUACUUGAAGGCGUGCCUGGACGAGGCGCUGCGGCUGGCGCCCGCGGUGCCCGGGGCGCCCCCGCGCGAAGUGAUGGAGGGCGGAGCGGUGGUGGACGGGGUGUUCCUGCCGGGCGGGACGGAUUGCGGGACGCCAACGUACUCGAUCCACCGGCAGGCGGCUUAUUACCGACAGCCCGGGGUGUAUUUGCCGGAGCGAUGGAUCGAAGGGGCGAUCUGUCAGACGGGGAUGGAGGCGUGGCAGACAACGCGGGAGGAUGUGGAGAUGGCGCGGCGGGCAUUCUGUCCCUUUAGCAUUGGGCCGCGGGGAUGUAUUGGGAAGAGCAUGGCGUUGAUGGAGAUGCGAUUGACGAUUGCGCGGUUGAUGUUUUUGUUUGAUAUGGAAUUGGGCGAUCGGAGAGGAGAGGAUGAGGGAGGGCAUUUGGCAUUGGUGGACCAUUUUACCAGUGCGAAAGAGGGACCGGAUGUGAUUGUACGGGCGCGUGUGUAGUAACUAAA